CAGCUGGGAACAUGAAGCGGUAUAUAAAGUAGCCACAUUUGUGGGUAGGCAGCAUUCAGUCCAAAGCUGAGCUUUCAUCUAGACACCAUGAAGGGAUUACGAGUUCUGUUCGUCUGCUAUUUGAUAGCUGCUGCCUUUGCGCAAGGUCAAGGAAAUGCAGGCAACAAACGAUUCUUCGGAGGUGGAAUCAGUCCAGGUUUUGGAGGUGGAUUCGACCCCGCAUUUGGAGGUGGAACUAAUCCAGGAUUUGGAGGCGGAUUCGGAGGAGUUUCCAACACCUGCAGACGUUGGUGCCGAACUCCCGAGGGACAGGCAUACUGCUGCGAGACCAACGAUGAGCCUGACACCCUUCCCUUCGUGAAGCCAGGUGUAUGCCCUCCCGUUCGCCCUCAGUGCCCACCCGUCAGGAGCUUUGCCCCUCCUCAGACAUGCUCCAACGACAGCAAGUGCGGAGGCGUCGACAAGUGCUGCUUCGACAGGUGUCUUGAGGAGCACGUGUGCAAACCUCCUGUUGGGUCUUCCGGCUUCGGUUUUGGCUUCUGAUUGAUUCCUUUUGUAUUUCUUCUUCUCUUCUUUUCAGUCGAUGUCGAAUUAACUUAUUAUCGAACUCAGACGAAUGCUGUGCAUAAUGCUUAUUGAUGACGAAGCGUUAUAUUUGUAUGAAUUGUUUUUUAUAAUAAAUACUUGUCACAAAU